AUGCGGCAGGCGGAAUCAGCAGUUUCAUCUUCGGUUUCACCUCCAAGCAGUAACAAUAAUAACGAGGGCAACACCAGCAGCGGUGGCGGUGGCGGUAGUAUAGACAGCUCAGACAUCCCCAUUUCGUUCAACUUUUCCCUUGAUGAGGAGUGGAUUGUUUAUUUAUUUGAUUCAUUCCCUUCACUUGUAUUUUGCUCCGCCGUUUCUCUCGUCGUUCUCUUCUGGGCAAGGAUAUACUACGCCGCCAACCUUGUGGCCUACCCACUGUUUUCGCGGAUGCAUUCUGUUUUAUCUCUGGUGUUGUUCGCCGCCUAUGCCUUCUGCAUUUCCGUUGCGGUCGCCCGGAAAGUCUCGGAAAGGGGCAAAUCUGCCUCUAGGAAGAGCAGUAUUGUCAAGCGGGUGAUAUUCCUGUCUGUCGCAUGCCCGAUCCUCUUCGGCUUUCGCAGUUUUAUGGCGUUUAAAGGCGCAACGCCUCCGUUGCACCCUCUGCACCUAUUGCCAGGAGCUGUAACACAACCUCAGGUUCUAGCAGGACAGAUGUACUUUGUUACGGAGUGGGUCCCUACGCUGUUGAUUCUAUUGACGUUUUGGCACCGCAAAGGAGGAACGGUCAGAGGGCAGCAGCAGCAACAGCCCUCAGCGUCGCCGGCGGAUGCAGAAGAAGAAGUUGUUGCGGGCAGCUUCGACUCGACCAUUAUGGCGCCUCUGAUGCAGCAGAACAUUUAUCCUUUUACUGCUGCCCCUCCUCACCCUCAGGCGCAAGGAGAUAUCAGCCACUGCCCCGCCAUGCCGAGCGAGGUAUAUCCACAGUUUAUGCACCCCCAGGUCCCGUACAGGGAUUCAUUCUCCAGCUAUGCCCCGACAGCUUCAUCUGGCGGCUACAGCCACUCACAGUACCCGCAGCAAGGACAGCGGCAGUGA